UUCCCUUCCAUUUGAAGCCCACCUUAUUAAGAACAAGAGCACCUCAUAGCUUGAACUCACAUCAACACCGCAUUCUUCAAUAUCUCUUUGAAUUUCAAAUACAAUCAAAAUGGCUAAUGCAGCGUCUGGAAUGGCUGUGCAUGAUGACUGCAAGUUAAGGUUCUUGGAACUGAAAGCAAAAAGAUCUCAUCGCUUUAUUGUUUUUAAGAUAGAGGAGAAACAAAAAGAGGUUGUCGUUGAAAAGGUUGGUGAGCCAACCGAAAGUUACGAGGAUUUCGCUGCGAGUCUUCCUGAAAACGAAUGUAGAUACACUGUCUACGACUUUGAUUUCGUCACCGCUGAGAAUUGCCAGAAAAGCAGGAUCUUUUUCAUUGCAUGGUCCCCUGACACAGCAAGGGUGAGAAGCAAGAUGAUCUAUGCCAGUACAAAGGAAAGAUUCAAGAGAGAACUUGAUGGAAUUCAGGUUGAGUUGCAAGCAACCGACCCGACUGAAAUGGGACUUGAUGUUAUUAAGAGCCGUGUCAACUAGAUAUCGAGGGAUAGGUAUCGGAUGGACCUUAUAAGUGAGAGAACUCCUAAUGCAAUCAUCCUUUUACUGAAGGAAAUAUUUAUAGUGUGACAGAUACUUGGUAUAUUGCUUGCCAAGUGCUACAGUAUAUGUACUUUUAAUUGAGCAAGUCUUUAUGGUGUUUGGUAUAUGAUGUAAUUUGUUACUUUCAGAAUUUUGUUCUUCUGAGUGUUCCACUGAUGGCAUGAUUCUACAAGCUAAUAUGUAUCCAUUUCUGAGAAGGAUAGGAUAUAUUUUAAAUUGAUUUUUCACAAUCUGAUUUGACAGUUUACCCUGUGA